GGGUUCUGAAUCCAUCCAAAUCAGGCUGUCUUAUGGCAGAAUCGAUCCGUAUUUAUUCAGGAAAAUUCGGUUUUGAUGUAACCCUGGCUUUAAUAAGAACACCAGUCAGUGUUCUGAGUGAGAGGUCCUCAUGUAUUAAAAUAUGCUAGUAGUUUUAUGAUAACACCAAAUAGUAUUAGAUAAAUAAGUAGAAUGUGUUAGAACACCAAUAGGUGUAACUAACACCCCAAAUUCAAGACUGGUGUAAAAUGGUUGGUGUGAACCUGUGUAAACACCAGUGGUGCAGUAUUAUCAUCACUGUUUUUGGAGUGUAGUGUGUCAUUGUGAAACCUUGCAGAGAAGCCUCUUUUACGACUUGGCAUGAUACCAGCUUUUUAUGAGGUACUUGUUACGUUCACACAAUUAUUCCAUAUUUUUGGAAGUUUGUAAUUAUAGCUUGAUUUUAAUCUACGCUUGUCUGUUGGUUUCACCUUGGCGCUCCACCUUUAAGUAUUCAUAGAUCAUUAUUUGAAUACACACAUUGUGCUAGGCUUAACUUAAUUGGAAAUGUCUCAUUUUGAUUGCUUUUCAGAACACUGUUGACAAACUCAUUAAGAAAACCAAUGUCUCAUUAAUGGUGGGGACAUCUUCAUGGAGGGAGCAGUUUGCCGAGGCCCUCACUGUAAGCGCAGGCGAUGAUGACGCAAAUGGGGAAGAAAAGCUGCCAUCCUGUGGAGACUAUGUCAUGCACUUCUUGACCAUCUUCUGGAAGAUCCUCUUUGCGUUUGUACCACCCACUGACUACCUGGGUGGUUGGGCUUGCUUUACAUCCGCCAUCUUGGUCAUCGCUGGGUUAACGGCUAUCAUCACUGACCUUGCCUCACACUUUGGUUGCACCAUCAACCUCAAAGAUACUGUCACUGCCAUCUCUUUUGUAGCCCUUGGUACCAGUGUUCCAGACACAUUUGCCAGCAAAACAGCAGCUGUUGGUGACAAGUAUGCAGAUGCCAGCGUAGGCAAUGUUACUGGAAGCAACGCAGUAAAUGUAUUCUUAGGUAUCGGUGUAGCAUGGACUAUUGCCGCUGUUUACCACGCCGUCCAUAACCAGCAAUUUAAGGUGGACCCAGGUAGUCUGGGUUUCUCUGUGACUGUGUUCAGCGUGUUUGCGCUCUUUGCCAUCUGCUCUCUCAUGAUACGGCGGAAGCUGCCGAUGAUUCGCGGUGAGUUGGGAGGUCCUGCAAAAUCAAAACUGAUAUCUUCAAUGUGCUUUGUCUCCCUUUGGUUUCUCUACUUGAUUCUCUGCAGUCUGGAAGCCUACGGAUUCAUCGAGGGCUUCUGAGAAGCUGCUCUACGCUGUCUUCUUGUUCUAUUCAGGUUACUGUUUUUGUUCUUCAUCCUUCUGCAACCAUCGGCUGUGGAGUAUUCUCUGAACAUGCCUCAUAUGCAGGAAGCUGUCAUGUUGCACUCCAGCUACGAGUGCCGGAUUUCUGCAACUGGAGCCAUAUUUAUGCAGGAGUUGCUUUGUAAAGAUGCCAUCUCUGUAACAUCAUGGAGCUUCUUUCAAGAGAGGGACAAGCUGCUGUCCAUCUUUGAUGGCUUGCUAUGAGCGCUUGGGAAUUCUUCAAGAUAGCUUUUCUCAACAACCAUCAUUGGAAGCAAGUAUGCACCUUGUGGAAUACAGUUACACCGCAAAUGGCAGAUAGAAAACACGUUGCACCAAGUGUCGAGUUUUAUCAGGCACAUUCUGUCAUUCAGAAGACAUUUAGGAGGGAGGCUCUAAAACAAACAAAAUGAUUGUUAAAGUGAAAACUCAGAAAUGAGAGAGUGCAGUGUAUUCAGGAGAAGGUUUCUAUUAUUUUUAUUCCAUGUUUUUGUAUGUUCAGUUUAUUGAAUAACUUUUUUUUUAGUUUUUGAAAUGAGGGGUGAGAACAGAGUAGAAAAUGCAUCAUAUUGGGGUUUUGGGUGUAUUAUAUAUACUUACAGUUGCUUUCAAAACAAUUGCAUUCAAGCAUUUUAUGAUGUUUAUUUGAGAUUAAAGGUUUGGAUUAAAUUUCAAAGUAAAAUUUAAGUAUUUGGCAAUAUUCUCCUUUUAUUCCUGUGACCAUGCAUUCUUUUUCUUGUGGCCUGGUGAAACAACACUUCUAUUAUUAUAAAUUUGCUGAAAUAAUGCAAUCUUACAUCCCUCUGCCUCUCAUCUCAAUUGCUCUCCAUCUAACAUUAAUAUAUUUCUUUCAUAAGAUAUAUCUUAAUAUCUUUGUUGGAUGAUCCCAUAUGUAGUGAUUAUCUAAAAAUUGAAUUUCCCUGCAGAGGAUUGAUAUUAAACCUUCCAUCGUAUAAAAAUUCAUUUUUUCAAGAAGAGUGGAAAAGUAUGACUGUAAAAAUAUGACUUACAUCCUAAGAAUUUCAAUUUUAAUAUUCACUUAAUUAUUCAAAUCUUGCCAUUUAUUUCAUCUUUUUAUUUUUCAGUGAUUUACAUUUUUUAUCCCAGGUUUAUUGGUUUUUCAUGUUUUUGUGUAACAAAUCACAGAUAAUUAAUACUACAAUUCAAAACAUGAGGAGCCACAAAGUCAAAUCAUCCUUCACGACACAUCUUGGCACUAGUCAAAUAAACACAUCCGUAACAAGGUGCACCGCGAUAUCCGAGCCCCAAUAUUGACACCUCAGAAUAGCUCCUUCACAUGCACUACUGCCAUGGAAGUACAAGUGGUAGCAGCAUGACUUUUAAACAUUGCUCCUUCACCGUGUAUCAGUUGAAUAAGACCGACUUGACUUGCCUACACAGGUCUGUUAGGAAGCUGUUUGCUCAGUCUAUGGUUACAAUCUAGCAUAUAAGAAGGAACAUGGAUGAACCCAAAGUGCAGUCAGUAUUGCUAAUUUCAUUUCUCCCUCCUCCUUUGAAAAGUUAACCCAUUGUCUAUUUGGCAUGGGUGAUCACUGUAUUAAACAAAAAGGUAUCCGUUGAUAUGGUAGUCCACAGAUUAAAUGAUUUGGCAUACAUUUAAAUGGAUUUUAGUAUGCAAAGAAUACAAGAAAAAGAAAUCAGAAAUAAUGAUGAUUUUAUUGAAUUUGAUAUUUUAUCUUUCACAAGGGUAUACUGACAUCUUUGGCAUGAUAAGAUGAACAACAGUGCUAACUAAAUCAUUAUCAUUCAAUUACACAGCAAUUUACACAUACAAUCAGGUAAACAUGUUCCUUCAUCCAAUAUAUUGAGAGAAAAAGAGCAUGCUGUAUUUCUAACUGAAAUAGACUUCAGGUUUGUAGCCUGUGUCUUGUUUAAGGGACACGCAAGAUUCAUUUAGUACCUAUACUUUAUUAAGUAUUUGGUAUUAGAACCAAGCGACAUGGUAUGGUGUGAUAGACCAAAUCUGUUAUUCAUAUUCAUAUGGUUAAAAGGGAUGGAAAUGGUCACAUGUGAAUUCAUUAUAGUCUUACCUCCAAAAUAAAUAGUAGGUGAUUAGGUUUUAAUAAUACACCUUUCAUGCGUUUCAACCUCCUGCUGCACAGUGCUAAAGUAGUGAAAUAGAACUAUGUAUAUGAAUGUACAUGUAUGAGUAAGAGAAUUUGAUAUAUCUAGAUCCUAUGAACUUUACUAGCCAUUAUAGCAAUUAUUUUGAAGUGCAAUUUCAAAUAGUUUUUUUUAUUUAACAGUAGUGUUUGCAAAACAUUUCUAGUUAUUAAAUUUUUAUUCAUAUUCAGGGUUUUUGUUAUAAAAAAUUUACUUCCUUUGUUCUAAUACAAAUACCAUGAUGUACAAUCACUCAUCAGAAAUAACACAUUAAUUCUGAUAUUCAAUCUGAGAGAGAUAAAGAUAUGACUUUACAGUCUAUUUAUAGACUCCUUAUCAACUAUUUAUGAAUGAAAUGUUUUAUAUUCUCUAAGUAAUGCUGGUAGAAGGGCAAAGGAAAGGUUAUAUUAAAGGUGAUCUUUAACAGAGUGUUUGUUGAACCUGAAUGCAAACUAUUAUUUAUUAUGUAACUUAUACAUUGUCAAUACUGCUGUUAUAUUUCCAUAAUGGACUGUAUUUAUUACGGAUUCUCUUUUUCUAUCUUGCAUGUGUAUUUAAAGUUGAUGAUAUAUUACAUUAAAGGCAAUUUUGUUAUUCGUUCUGUUCCGAGAUAAGCUUCUCGUUUUCUUUGAAAUGAAGCAAAAUGUGUGUUGAUUGUACUCCGGUUCAUGUUUGUGUAUAUGUAUUUUUCCUGUACAUAGGUAUACUACCAAGGAUAUUUGAGUGUAAAUAGGCACAAAGUUUGAGAAAAGUCUGGAGGAAGAUAUAAAACAGGGGGCAUAGCUAAUACAGUGAUCACAUUUUCAAGUACUAUUUUGGACAAUAUAGCUUAAAAGCACAAAAUUGAGGUUUUUAUGAGAUUAUGGUGUUUUUUAAAUUUCUUUUUUUGCAUGAAAUAGAGAAAAUCAGAAAAUAUGAAAAUCAUACAAAGCGCUUGCAAAUGGAUGCAUUCCAGUAAAUCAAAUAAAGAUAAGUGAUUAAUGAGUUGUUUCAUUAAUUAUUUGCGUGGAUUUGUGGUACAGCUUUCAUACAAAUGCAUUUUUUUUCUAAAUGCAUGGAACUGUUCUCAUUUAUUAUUAUUGGAAAAUAUACAAGUUAUACAAUUUUCAUCUGAUUUUUAUGAGUACAUGAAGUGUUAAUGAAAUAUAUCUUGCACUGAAUGGAUUGUUUGAAUAUAAUCAUCAAGUUUGUAUGAGAUUGAGUUUUUAAAAAUGCUUUAAAGAGAUCGCUACAUAACCCACGUGUCAUAUAUAAUUUGUAGUCAUGGAUAGAUAGAGGUAAAUCAAUACCAAUUUAUACAUCUUUUGGGUACUGCAAAUAUGUGCUGUGUGUUGAAUAAUUUAAAUCUUGUAGGCCAAGUUUGGUGUCUUUUUGGUAUGAUAGGAGAAAAAAAUAUACAAACUGGUUUGUAUCAUACACUGUCAGUGGUAAUUCAUGUACAGAAGUACUAUUUUUAAUAUUCCUGUACAAAUAUAUUCUUUUCUCUCCUAUGGUUCAAGACGGCUGACUCUGUAGUCAUUGUCAAUCUCUUCCAUUUCAUUAUUUCUGCGAAAGUAAAAGAAAGCUUGAUUUUGUUGCUUGCAGCAAAUAUUUCAAUUUUUAUACACAUGUUUACCUCAUUUAAAUGUAUAAUGUAAAAAACAGAUGACCAUCACCAUAUGCAGAAGUCCAUUCAUUCAUGCCCCAGAUAUUUGAUAUGAUAAUUUGUGGUGAAAAUGAAAAUGGGGUUACUAGCUGUUAUAGUCAUGUGAAACUUUGAUGUUUUCAAACACCCAUUGAUAGUCGUCAAACUGUUCAGAGUAAAUCACCAUGACAACACUAUAAGAAACAGAUAUCCUUCAAUCGUCUCAUUUAGGGUAAAAUGACAGUAUUCUUUUCAUUUAUAAAUUCCGAAAUGGUGCAACUAUUUGACUGACACAGGAACAAAUGUGUAAUGAUAUGAAAAUCUGAUCAUUUCUCAUGUAGUCAUCAAUGGAUCAGGCAGAAAUAUUACAAGUAAAUUUUCUGUGAAAAACUGUUUAAAAAAGUUGAUAAUGCAUUCACCUGUGAAGUGUAAAUGGUGUACUUUGCCUUUUUGAUAAUCACAUCCUUUGCUAAUUGUUUGCCUGCCCAUAAACCUGACCAUACUUGGCAUAUCAAGGUCUAUUUAGUUCAAAUCUUAUCACACACACACAUUUAUUACUCAAAUAAAUACACUCUGCACAUUUUGAAUAUUUAUUCUUAUGGUGCAGUCGCUGUUUGUCUUCUUUAAUACAUUCUAACAUAUUUGAUUUAUUACACAGAAAUUCAUACACAAUUUUAAAGUAGAGUGAGUAAAGGAUAUAGUAUAUAUCACAUUCUGAAUUCUAAUAAGUGAUAAGUAAAAACAACCAGGGUACUUGUAUAAAAAGCUUGUUGAACAAUUCUCUUUGACAGUAACAUAUCUUACUAUCGAAGCUACAUUUAUGUAGAAGAAGAAGAAGGUCUUCUUUUUAUGGUACAGUAUAUCAUUUGAUGUACAGAGUGUUUUUAAAAAACGUAAUCUAUGAAGAGAAAUUUGAAUCUCUGAGGAAAAUAGCCAACGAAAAUUCAUUUUGUACUAUGAAAUGCACAGAGUAUAAAUGUUUUAUGCAAUACACACAAAAACUGCACAUUCAAUAACAACGUAUUAGUAUAUCUCUCUGUAUUCCCUGGAUAAGACAUUGUCAUGAUAAUCAAGAUAUUUUAUUGUGUAAUAUACAUAUUUAUCCCAAAAUAUGGGAAUUGUAGGCAUUUUUAGAAAUGCAUCAGCAAAAAAAAUAAUAACUAACGAAUUGGCUCUGAAGCCUUGUUGAAAGUCAACAUAUAUUUAACUCUAUAUAUUUGGAUGUUUUUACAUGGUAGCUGAAGUGGACAUUAAUUAGCAAGAAGUGUAUGAUAUGUAGGGUCGGAAAGUGAUAUAUGAUCAGUUUAGGGAUAUAUCUACUCAACAUUUAUUCUAUUUAAUAUUUGAAGAUUUUGAGGUGGUUUGAGGGGAUCGAAAAACAACCGUACACACUUUAGUAGGAGGAUGUGUAAAACAUGAAAUGCAAUAUUAUAUAAUUGAUUGAAAUAAAGUUUUACAAGUUUAAUACGAUAAUGGUAGUAUAUGAUAUUUUACUCUGUCAUGAUAAUAAAGGAUCACAGAACUAGCCUUGUUUUCAAGCAAAAUGUGUUCUUAGACGUAGUAGCUUUACAUUGUUGAAAUUUGUAAAUAAAUAAUACCGAAAGAAGAAAGGAAAAAAUAGUAAUCAUUCAAAUGUACAUGUUAAUGAUUCAGGCUUAUUAUUUGGCUUGUAGUGUAGAUUCUUCUUUCUAAAAAUAUAUCUUUUUCUAUCUUCACCCAUCUAUAUCAGUACAGCGUAUGAUGAAAUUCUGAUUAACUGGUUUAAGAUGAUGAAACAGGAAUGCAACGAAGACUAAGCACAACGCGCAUCUAAUAGCAUAAACUGCACUGUAUAGGAUAUACAAGGUCUAGUAAAUAGUAACUUAACUUCAAAGCCCUACAGGUAUUACAUUGUAAUACAUAAUGUAGAGUCUGCUUGUGUGCUUUUUUUUCCUUCAAGUUUUCAGGUGUUUUGACGUGAUUUUAAAUUAUUCACUAUCAUUUUUUGCUUUGUGUGAAAACUUAUUUCCCUUCAAUCUUUUUUUUUCCACUGUUGACAAUAAAAAUAUAAGUGGAAAUAGAUCAA